AUGCCGCACGGAAACAUUCAUCAAGGACAACACACCGAAAGGUCAAAGAACACCAAUGCUUAUCUAGUUGGUGGAGGUAUCGCAUCUCUAGCAGCAGCCGUUCAUCUUAUUCAAGAUGCAGAUAUACCAGCAAACCAAAUCCAUAUUAUUGAGUCUGGCUCUUCACCAGGAGGCUCAAUGGACGGCGCCGGAGAUUCCGAGAACGGAUAUGUGCUUCGUGGAGGGAGGAUGCUGAAUUUUAGCUACCUGUGCACAUACGAUCUUCUUUCGAUGGUCCCAUCUCUCACAAAUCCCUCAAAAACGGUCAAGCAAGAACUUGAUGAGUUUAAUGCAGUUCCUAGCAACAAAACCCACGCCCAUGCAAGGCUAGUUAGCAAAGGAGAAAGUGGGCCGGAAAUUCUCAAUGUCGAAAGCAUGGGUCUAAGUUGGAAGGACCGCGAAGACCUUCUCGCACUUGCGGGUCCGUUUCAAACCGAGAAGACGCUGGGCGCUAAACGCAUUGACGAGUGUUUUGACAAAUCCUUUUUGCAGACGAAGUUUUGGUACAUGUGGGACACAAUGUUUGCUUUUGAGCCGUGGCAUAGCGCAGUUGAGUUCAGGCGCUAUCUGCAUCGAUUCAUCCAGGAGUUUCCUCGCAUAAACACACUAGCUGGAGUCGACCGCACCCCGUAUAACCAAUAUGAUUCUGUAAUUCAACCAAUCGAGACAUAUUUGAAGGCUCAAGGUGUAGAUUUCCGCUAUGGUAAGUAG